UUUACCAACACUACGUCAUAACAACGCACAUGUGCAUGGCAAGCAGAGCAGCAUAGAAAAUUAAAUAAAUUAAAUUAUGGUGCGAAAACUUAAAUAUCACGAGCAGAAGUUGCUCAAAAAAGUAGAUUUCAUCACAUGGAAAGUGGACAACAGCAGCAAUGAGAAUAAAAUCCUACGGCGCUAUCACAUUCAAAAGCGAGAGGACUACACAAAGUAUAAUAAAUUGUCGCGUGAAGUUAGAGAGCUUGCUGAGAAAAUAGCCAAGCUUGAUGCAACGGAUCCAUUCAAGGCUGAGGCAUCUACCAUGCUAAUGAACAAACUCCAUGCCCUGGGUGUUUCCAAUGAUCAUUUCAGUCUAGAGACCGCCAGUAAAAUGUGUGCUAGUAAUUUUUGUCGUCGUCGUUUGCCCGUGGUAAUGGUAAAACUGCGAAUGUCGGAGAACCUUAAACACGCCACCGACCUUAUUGAACAGGGCCAUGUGCGCGUAGGCCCAGAAAUGGUCAAGGAUCCCGCUUUUCUAGUCUCUCGGAAUUUGCAAGAUUUUGUUACAUGGGUUGACGGAUCCAAAAUUAAGGAGCACGUUCUGCGUUACAAUGAUAUGCGUGAUGAUUUCCAAAUGUAAAAACCCAUUUUAUCGUAUUUAAGCACAAUAUAUGAAAUUCCAAUUUUGUAUUACUCAAAAUUUGGUUUUUUAUAUCUUUAAGUUGUAAUUAAAAUAA